AAAACAAACAAAAAGAAACAAGCUAAAUAUAUGUCAUAUGUCAAAUAUUAAGUGCUAUGUAGAAAUAUAAAGGAAGGAAGAGGGCUAGGGUAUAUCAUGAUUGGGAGGGCAGCUUGAAAUGAAGUGAACAAGGAAGCUCUCAUUGGGACGACAACAGUAAACAAAGACUUGGAGAAAAUGAGGGAAUAACAGUGAAGAGACUGUAAAGCACGUUUCGGGCAGAAGGAACAUGAAAUGUAAAGGUUGCGAGGCAACAUCACCCUGUAUGUUUGAGCAAAAGGAGGGACACCAGUGUGGCUGAAAUGAAAUGAAUGAGAUGGAAAGCAGUAGGAAGUGAGGGGCAAGAUCAUCGGGCUCAUCGGCCAGGGUGAAGACUUUUGGCUUUACUCUGGUAGAAAAUGUUGUUAGCCCAAAUAAAUCGAGAUUCUCAGGGAAUGACAGAGUUUCCUGGAGGAGGAAUGGAGGCUCAACACGUUACCCUGUGCCUGACAGAGGCAGUAACGGUGGCAGAUGGUGACAAUUUAGAGAAUAUGGAAGGUGUAAGCUUGCAAGCUGUAACACUUGCAGAUGGUUCCACUGCUUAUAUACAACAUAAUUCUAAAGAUGGAAAACUCAUAGAUGGCCAGGUCAUUCAGCUGGAAGAUGGUUCUGCUGCCUACGUUCAACAUGUACCCAUACCUAAAAGUACAGGGGACAGUUUGCGUUUAGAGGAUGGUCAAGCAGUGCAACUAGAAGAUGGAACGACAGCGUUUAUUCACCACACCUCCAAAGACAGUUAUGACCAGAGCGCCUUACAGGCAGUGCAGCUGGAAGACGGCACCACUGCGUACAUCCACCAUGCGGUGCAGGUCCCGCAGUCUGACACCAUCUUGGCAAUUCAGGCUGAUGGGACGGUGGCAGGUCUGCACACUGGAGAUGCCACGAUUGACCCCGAUACCAUCAGUGCUCUGGAACAGUAUGCAGCAAAGGUGUCCAUUGAUGGCAGUGAAAGUGUAACAGGUACUGGGAUGAUUGGAGAAAAUGAACAAGAGAAAAAAAUGCAGAUUGUCUUACAAGGACACGCUACAAGAGUAACUGCUAAAUCCCAGCAGAGUGGAGAGAAGGCAUUUCGCUGUGAAUAUGAUGGAUGUGGGAAAUUGUAUACAACAGCUCAUCACCUUAAGGUCCAUGAGCGAUCACACACGGGAGACCGGCCUUAUCAGUGUGAGCAUCUAGGCUGUGGGAAGGCAUUUGCAACAGGUUAUGGAUUAAAAAGUCAUGUCAGAACUCAUACAGGAGAAAAGCCAUAUCGGUGUUCAGAAGAUAAUUGUACUAAGUCUUUCAAAACUUCAGGAGAUCUACAGAAACAUAUCAGAACUCAUACAGGUGAAAGGCCUUUUAAAUGUCCUUUUGAAGGCUGCGGUCGGUCUUUUACAACAUCAAAUAUCAGAAAAGUGCACAUUAGGACACAUACAGGAGAAAGACCGUAUUACUGCACAGAACCAGGAUGUGGGAGGGCAUUUGCCAGUGCAACCAAUUAUAAAAAUCACGUGAGAAUACACACAGGUGAAAAGCCAUAUGUUUGUACAGUCCCUGGGUGUGACAAAAGGUUUACAGAAUAUUCCAGUUUAUACAAACAUCAUGUUGUUCACACUCAUUCCAAACCAUACAACUGUAACCACUGUGGGAAGACCUACAAGCAGAUCUCCACGCUGGCCAUGCACAAACGGACAGCCCACAAUGACACUGAGCCCAUCGAGGAGGAGCAGGAAGCCUUCUUUGAGCCUCCCCCAGGUCAAAGUGAAGAUGUUCUUAAAGGGUCCCAGAUCACGUAUGUUACAGGCGUGGAAGGGGAUGAUGUUGUGUCUACACAAGUAGCCACGGUGACACAGUCCGGGUUGAGUCAACAAGUUACACUUAUAUCCCAGGAUGGGACUCAGCAUGUCAACAUAUCUCAAGCUGACAUGCAAGCCAUUGGCAAUACCAUCACAAUGGUAACGCAGGAUGGCACGCCCAUUACAGUCCCUGCUCAUGACGCAGUCAUCUCCUCAGCAGGAACACACUCUGUUGCUAUGGUUACAGCCGAGGGCACAGAAGGACAGCAGGUUGCAAUUGUGGCUCAGGACUUGGCAGCGUUCCAUACUGCCUCAUCAGAAAUGGGGCACCAACAGCACAGCCAUCACUUAGUCACCACAGAAACCAGGCCUCUGACCUUAGUGGCCACAUCCAACGGCACCCAGAUUGCAGUUCAGCUUGGAGAACAGCCAUCUCUGGAAGAAGCCAUCAGAAUAGCAUCUAGGAUCCAACAAGGAGAAACGCCAGGGUUGGAUGAUUAGUCCUCGAAACAGUGGAGCACUACAUCGGGAGGAGCCUUUCAUCUUCAGGCAGCAGACAUCCAAGAGCCCGGGCCCAGGAAAAUUAGAGUUUUUCCAUUCCUGACAUACUGUACACAUUUUUAUGCAAGAGUGGAGAACAUUUUAUUCUUGAUGCUUUUGUGUAUAUAACUCUUGGAAUAGAUUCCCAAACUGAUUCAUUGUGUACAAGGAUGUAUGAAAUUAGGGCAAUAUGGUAAAUUUUCACGUUACUGUUUUAUCACUUUGCAAACUCCUAGAGUCUACGUGCAAGAUCAGUGGAGUCUUUCGGAGUCUUACGAUGGAUUUUUAACUUACUGUGAAAAAAUAAAAUAAAGGCUGUAUCUAAAACGUCAAAGGUUCUAUACUUCAAACAAUCAAUUCCAAAAGCCAUCAUGGAUAAUAAAGGAUGUAAAGCCUUCGGAUAUUUCCCCAAGUUAAUAGAGUGUCUGCAGUUUUUGUUCUACUGUAUACUUGUAUGUUUUUAUUUGUACCUCACGGUUUGAAGACUAUUCAUUACAGUUUUCCAUCCCUGUUAAAAUACCACCUCUUCAAGCUGAAAUGCUAAUUAUAUUGAAUUGGAUCCAUUACAUUGGAUUAUGUAUGAAAUGACAAAGUUUGGUUAUUUAAAAUUAAAAAGUUAAAUCCA